GCCGAAAUAGUGAAUAUGACAUGUACCAACGUAGUGGAGUAUAACAAAACUUCGUUGGUUUCAAGUUUCAUUGCUGUGAUGCAGAAACUCAGUGAACAGAUGCGUGAAUCAGGUUUUGGAAUAGCAGUUUCUGGUUCAGGGUUUGACACUACCCAUGGCCUAGCUCAAUGUUAUGGGGAUCUAUCAUUGGUCGACUGUAUAUUGUGCUAUGCUGUGGGUCGUUCGAUUCUUCCCCAAUGCUUUCCGUUCAACGGUGCCCGAGUUUUCCUUGAUGGGUGCUUUAUGAGAUCCGGGAAUUAUAGCUACUAUGAUGAGUACCUGGGACCUAACGACAUGGUAGUCUGUGGGAAUGCAAGCCGCCAGGGAUUGAGUUUCCAAACAUCGGUAAAAGAAGCAGUGUCACAUGCGGUGGCUACUGCACUGAAAAACAAAGGCUAUGGUAAAGCACAGGUUCCGGUUUCCGGAUCAAAUGAGACGGUCAAUGUUCUGGUCGAUUGCUGGCGGACGUUGAACCGAAGCUCUUGUAAAGCAUGUUUCGAGAAUGCAUCGGCGGAGAUGUUAAGGUGCUUGCCACGGUCUGAGGGACGGGCACUCUAUACUGGUUGCUUCAUGAGAUACUCGAACAUAGAUUUCCUCAAUAAAGAACUUGCAGAUGGAAUUUCAGAAGGAACCAUUAUAACUAUAGUAAUUUCUACGGUCAGUUCGCUUGUUGUUUUAGCUGUUGGUGUAGCUAUUGGAGUUUAUAUCAGGAAACGCAGAUACAUACAAAAGAAAAGAGGUUCAAAUGAUGCAGAAAAGUGGGUGAAAGUCCUUCGUGAUAGUAACUUGAAUUUCAAGUACUCUACCCUCGAGAAGGCUACCGGCUCAUUUGACGAGGCAAACAAGCUUGGGCAAGGAGGAUUCGGGACCGUUUAUAAGGGAGCUUUGUCUGAUGGAAGAGAGAUUGCUGUCAAGAGACUUUUCAUUAACAAUCGACACCGAGCGGUAGAUUUCUACAAUGAAGUCAACAUCAUAAGCAGUGUGGAGCAUAAAAACCUAGUGAGAUUGUUGGGAUGUAGUUGUUGCGGACCUGAAAGUCUUCUCGUUUAUGAGUUCCUCCCUAACAAGAGUCUCGAUCACUUCAUCUUCGAUCACAGCAGAGGUAAAGAACUUAACUGGGAAAAGAGAUUCAAAAUCAUCAUGGGGACCGUAGAAGGUUUAGUUCAUCUUCAUGGCAACCCCACGAACAAAAUCAUUCAUAGAGAUAUAAAAGCUAGCAAUAUUCUGUUGGAUUUAAAGUUCCGAGCCAAGAUCGCUGACUUCGGGUUGGCGAGGACUUUUGAGGAAGAUCAGAGUCACAUUAGCACUGCCAUUGCUGGAACAUUGGGAUAUAUGGCUCCUGAAUACUUAGCCAAUGGGCAGUUAACGGAGAAGGCGGAUAUUUAUAGUUCUGGAGUUCUUUUGCUAGAGAUUGUUACCGGGACGCAAAACAACAAGGGUCAAUACACAGAUUACUCAUCCAGCGUGGUUGCCAUAGCAUGGAAACACUUUCAAUUAGGGACAGUGGAGGAGAUUUAUGACCCAAAUUUAAUGUUAAGUGACGAUAACCAAAGCAACAAGAGUGUGAAGAAUGAGGUUUCGAGAGUAGUGCAUAUAGGACUACUUUGCACACAAGAGAGUCGAUCACUAAGACCAUCAAUGCGGAAGGUACUAGAGAUGCUAAAAAGGAAAGAUGAAGACCUCCCUGCACCAACUCCUCCUCCUUUUAUGGAUGAAAAUACCAUGGAAUUCAACGACCGCGGUGAGAAAGAAUGGCAUCCCAUUAAUGCAGCUGGUACUGAUUCGAUUGCCACUAUCACCCGUAGUUCUUUUUACCCUAGAUGAUCUUUAAAGUCAGAUCAGAUGCAAGUGAAAGAGUAUACUGGGGGAAAUUAAACCUUCAAAAUGAUCCCACUAGGUAGAAUAAAUAAUUAUAAAUGCAAUAUGAUAUUAAAAUUACCUAAGCAAGCUAAUUCCAUUUCAGAUGAGAAUGGCUAAGCGAGACAACACUGUUCUGUAACUUACAAUGAAAA